AUGUCUUAUACUACUACAGCAACAGAAGAGGUAACAGCCUCGUUUCCAAGCCUCAAGCGCUUGGAAAUACGACCAGAUGAAUAUCCAGGCCUUGACCCAGAAUGGCGGAAACUAUGGAAUACUCACGGAAGUUCUAUGAUUCGAGCUGAUGAGGUCAGCAUCGAGGAAUAUCGUCUCGGUCCAGCAAAGUACAGUUUCACAUAUCCAACAUGGAAAGGCCCCGAAGUCUUUCACGUUGAGGAUAGACAGAUCCCAGUGACAACGCCAGAAGGCUCAAUCACUGUUAGAGUCUACACCCCAGAAGGACCCGGGCCAUUUCCUGUACAUCUGAACUUCCAUGGUGGAGGAUGGGUACUCGGAGGUCUUCAAUCUGAAGCGGCGUGGUGUCGACAUAUGUGCAACAAGGCGUCCAUCAAAGUCAUCGAUGUUGAUUACCGCAUGGGUCCGGAGUACAAGUAUCCAACUGCCAUAUAUGAUUGCUGGGAUGCUGUGAAAUGGACCAUAAACAACGCAACUGGGCUUGACAUUAACCCGAAAAGCGUCUCAUUCGGUGGUCUUUCAGCUGGCGGUCACAUGUCUGCCGUCUUGGGCCACUUCGCUCGCGACGAGGGCGUCGACAUUAAACUGCAACUCAUGAUUGUCCCCGCAACAGAUAUGCGCUAUUGCAGCUCCAAGAUAAAACAGCUAACAGCAAAUAACUGUCCUUAUGAGAGCGUGUUGCAGCUAAAGGACGUGCCAUGGGGACCUCUUGGGCGGGAGCAAUGGUUCUUGAAGUACUUCGUGGGCGAAGAUGCUGACGAGCUUGAAAAAAAGUUGAACAACGAGUGGAUUCUCACGCCAGUCAUUGCUCCAAACUUCAAAAAUCUUCCUCGGGCGCAUAUUGUGACUGCAGAGUUUGAUCUGGAGCGAGAUGAGGGAGAGUACUAUGGAAAGUUGUUGAAGGACGAAGGGAAUGAGGUUACUGUGAAGCGAUAUACCGGCUGUCCUCAUGCUUUUGCACAUUAUAACCAUCCGGAGAGGGGAUUGGCCAAGAGUUUUGAGUUCAUUGAGGAUACGGCUGAGUUGCUAAGAGAUGUACAUGAUAUCAGUAUAUGA